AUGCAUUCAUCCGGUGAUCAUCCAACUCAAUUCAAACUAAGUUACAACUGUGGCAUCGGGAAACGUUGGUGUUACGGACUAAGAUUGAGCAAUCCGAACUAGUGAGUAAUGCACAUGGCAACCUUAUUUAAUAACAAUGUUCUCAGUUGGAACGAAUUUGUUGCGGCUGCCCCGAUAAAGUGUUUUGAUAAGACAUCCUUCGAUCACACCAAGACAACUGAUUUCCCAAUCAAAGCGCGCAAUGUAAGUACAUAGAUUUAUAUUUCUAGUUUUUUGGUUCAAACUUUCAGGAUGUUCUGAACCUGGAAUUCAAAAUAUGGUGCAACUACACGAGCUUCGGUCGCAAAUAUAAUAAAUUUACCAAUACGUACUCUAAAACUGCCAAAGUUUCACAAAAAAGUUUCAAUUUCAGUGUGCAAAUUUGCAAGCCACGAUUUGAGCAUACGAAUAGUGGAGAGAUCUUCAAACCUCCGAUCAGAGGAGGUUUUCUCACGGAUUACGUAGAAAACGUGUUUAUCAAAGACUGA